GCGGGGACCGGAAGCGCGGCCGAGCGCGGUUGCCGUGACAGCGGGCCCGGAGCCGCCAUGGAGGCCGCGGCCGCGCUCACCGAUAUGUACGACCAGGCGCUGCUGGGGAUCCUGCAGCACGUCGGGAACGUGGAGGAGUUUCUGCGCGUCCUCUUCGGCUUCCUCUACCGCAAGACCGACUUCUACCGCCUCCUCCUGCGGCCCGGGGACCGCCUGGGCUUCCCGCCCGGCGCAGCGCAGGACAUGGCCCUCCAGGCAUUCAAAGUCUUUGAGCGGAUGGCCCAGCAGGAUGAUGAGAAGAGGCGCCGAGAGCUGGAGGUGAAGCUGAGGAAGAAGGAGGAGGAGGAGGCCACAUCUGCUGAGAGGGUGAAACUGCCCCCGGCAGCUCAGGAGGUCGAGGUAGAAACAACAGUAGAGCCGGUCCCAGCAGUGGAUGCUGGGGGAGCUGCAGGGAUCCCGGAGUCAGCCCAGGACACAUCCCCUGGCCCGGUGUCCACCGAGCCCCCAGGGGCUGCUGGCCCAGCAGCUUUGCCAACGAGACAGGAGCAGUUCCAGACCAACCCUGAUAGCUACAAUGGAGCAGUACGAGAGAAUUAUGCCUGGUCCCAAGACUACAGUGACCUGGAGAUUAAAGUGCCUGUGCCCAAGCACAUUGUAAAAGGCAAACAGGUGUCUGUGGAUAUCAGCAGCAGCACGAUCCGUGUGGCAGUGCUGGAGGGGAGCAGCCAGUGCGUGCUCAUGGAAGGGAAACUCACCCACAAGAUCAACACUGAGAGUUCCCUCUGGAGCCUGGAGCCAGGGAAGUGUGUUUUGAUUAACCUGAACAAAGGGGACGAGUACUGGUGGAAUGCCAUCCUGGAGGGUGAGGAGCAGAUUGACAUCGACAAGAUCAACAAGGAGCGCUCCAUGGCCACGGUGGAUGAGGAGGAGCACGCCGUGCUGGACCGCCUCACCUUUGACUACCACCAGAAGCUUCAGGGCAAGCCCCAGAGCCACGAGCUGAAGGUGCACGAGAUGCUGAAGAAGGGCUGGGACACUGAGGGCUCCCCAUUCCGUGGCCAGAAGUUCGACCCCUCCAUGUUCAACAUCUCCCCUGGUGCGGUGCAGUUUUGACAGAGGCAAAAAGUGGCUGAGAGGCGAAGUGAGGAGAGGAGAAAACCCCCCUCCACGACCCCCUGGCACCCCAACACCAGCACCCGGAUGUGCUGCCAGCACCUUCCACUGCUUCUGUCAACUGGCACAGGCUGGGUGCUCUGGUGGGUGUGUGUGAACCUGGGCAAACGCAGAUUCUCAGAUUCCCAGAUUUCCAUCCUGUCACCAAGGCAACCUGGGCGCUGGGACCCUUCUCCUCUCCUCACCUCGCGCUGCCGGCAGCUCCCGUGUUCCUCAGGAGCAGACGGAGCCUGUUGGGUGAUGGCAAAACCUGUUGGGUGACAUAAUGGUGGUUGGAGGCCGUUGUGUGACAAUGAAGCCGAUUGGGUGACACAGUGGUGAUUGGAGCCAGCUGGGUGACAGUGGAACCCGUUGGUUGACACAAUGGUGGUUGGAGCCUGUUGGGUGACAACCGAACCCAUUGGGUGACACAGUGGUGGAUGGAGCCCAUUGGGUGACAGCGGAGCCUGUUGGGUGACACGAUGGUGAUUUUGGGUAGCUGAGGAUGCUUCUGUCAGGGCUUUCAUGGGGGUGCAGACCCUUCCCUGCCCUGUCACAAGGCAGCUUCACCCCUCACCGGUGGAGCUGUGGCAAGGGACACACAGGGAGGGGACCUGUCCCCGCCUGUCCCCACUGGCUCCCCUCACCAGGCCCUGCACCAGGGUCUCCCCCAGGAGCUGCCCCAUCCAAUGCCAGGGGGACGUUCUCCCAAGAUCCCUUUAGCCCAUGGUCAGGGGCAGGUUGAGGGUGCCCACCCACCUUAGUGGUGUGCAGAGAACCCACCCAACCCCUUUGCCGGGUGGGAGGAGGGUUUGCUUCCCCUGUUCCUUGGGGUAGGGAGGGAGCAGCAGGGCUGUCACCCACAGCACCUGUAGUGGGGGUGUCCAGGCUGAGUUGGGGGUCCCUUGCAGGGAACUACCAGCUUAGCCUCCCUGGCCACCAGCCCCCCCAGACCAGUGGGCAGGAGCAUCUGGGCUUCCCUGGCAUUUUGGGGUCUUGGAGGAGAGAUGUGGGAGCCUUGGGGCCCCCUCCAGCCUAGCCAGGGGCUUGCAGCACCCCCCGGCCCCCACCCUGGGGUGCAUAGGCUGAGGGUCCCUGGUUGUCACAGUGUUCCCCCUCCACUGCCCGCCUUGGUUUGCAAUAAACGUUUCUCCAGCA